CUUUUGGUAUUCAGUAAAAAUGUACCUUACUGUAUGAGAUAUUCAGUAAAAUGUAUCUAUAACUUUUUUUGCUUUUGGUAUGGAUAUUUUCUUUUCCAGAAAUCCGCGGUCUUCCAGCCAGCCAAUAACAAGUGAAGAUAAUGUUAUUGACAAUGGUUGGUGGAAUUUAUUUGACAAUUUAUGGAUUAUCAUUAGUGAGAUGAAUGGAAAGGGUCCAAGUAAGAUGUUACCAAAGAUGGCAUCAUCAGUUGGUCCUUCUCUUGGGCAAAGAGCACGUGGCUUGGUGGAAUCUCUGAACAUUCCUGCAGCUGAAAUGGCUGCGGUAGUUGUAUCUGGAGGCAUUGGUACUGCAUUGGGUGGAAAGCAAAGCAAAAGUGUUGAUAAAGCCAUGGCUUUAAGAGGGGAGAGGUGUCCACGAAUUGUAUUUCGACUUGUAAUUUUAUACCUCUGCAAAUCUCCUCUAGAAAAAGCAUCGAGAUGCGUACAACAGGUCAUCUCACUUUUGCCUUUUCUUUUGGUUGCCGAUGAUGAGCAAAGCAAGAGUAGAUUGCAGCUUUUUAUCUGGUCUUUGCUUGCUGUAAGAUCCCAGUAUGCAAUAUUAGAUGAUGGUGCUCGUUUUCAUGUUAUUGCCCACUUGAUUAGAGAAACCGUAGUCUGUGGGAAGUCAAUGCUAGCUACUAGCAUGGUGGGAAGAGAUGACUCCUCUGAUUCAACCAGCACCUUAAAGGAAACAAGCUCAAUUCACAAUCUCAUUCAGAAGGAUCGAGUUCUUGCUGCGGUUUUUGAAGAGGCAAAGUAUAUAAGGACAUUAAAUUCUGAUCGUAGCAGGCAGUUACAGGAGCUUUGUGCCAGGAUGGAUGAAAAUUCUUCUGUUGAAAUUAAUAAUAAGGAAGCAUUUGAAAAUGAGAUACAAAAUAGCUUGAGUGCUAUUCUUUCUUCAGAUGAGAGCAGAAGGGCUGUGUAUCUACUAACUCACGAGGAGCAUCAGCAAAAUGUUGCUAAAUAAGCUUUUCUUCAACAGGAAAAAUGG